ACCGCCAGCAGCCGGCCGGCCGUGGUUUUUGGUCUCAGUCCGCCUCCAGGCCGUCAGCACGAUGCUCGACUUGCUGUAGAGUCAGCAGCCCAGUCAACACAGCCAUGUCGCCGAGCAAACAGCUGAGCCGCAGGUGGCGGUCCACCUCGCCGUGCGUCCGGCGCGCCGCGCUCUGCGGCCUGGCCGCCCUCGUCGUGUACGUGCUCAUGUCGCCGCGCGCCUUCCUGCACGUCGAGCAGUUCACCAUCGAGCAGGCCCGGCCCAAGGACGUGUGGGACUUCCUCGCCGAUUUCAGCAACAUGCCCAAGCUCAACCCAACCAUCUUGGACUGGGAGCUGCUCUCGGACGGAAACAGCCAGGGCCACUGGAGGUACUCGGUGCGCUACACGGAGCGUCUCAGCGGGCUGCCCUCCGUGUCCAACUACGCCACGGCACACUUUGAAGUAAUCCCGGCCAAGUCCAACAGCGACUACCUCAUCAGGUCCACGCACAGCACGUGCUUCUACACAGACUUCCUCUGCCUGCCCACAGCGUCGGAGACCAGAUUCUCGCCGCUAGAUGGCGGGAUGACUACGCUCUGCACGGAGCGCAUCGAGUACGCCUGCCCCUGGGUCAUGAGCGGAUUCUGCAAGAAGGAGGUCCUGUACCAGAGGAAUGCCAUCAGAGAGAAUCUCAAAGUCGAGCUCUACUCUCAAAAUUAACAGUUAAUCUAAAAUAUUGACAAAGUAUCAAAAAGUAUAAAAAAGAUGAUCAAUUAAUAAAUAAAGUAAAAAAAUUGCUUA